CAUACGUGAUCCUCCUCCACCAGCAAGUACAAUUGCUUGAAAUUCUUUAUAAGGGAACAUUUUUAUUUAUUUGCUGCAAUAAAAAGAAACGUCUUCUUUGAAGAAGUUUAUGAAGUUAGAAAACAUGUGUGAAAGCGAAGACAAUAUAAUUACGGAAGGAAAAUAUGUGAUAGUGAAGAAACAGAACUUUAAAAAAAUCUACAAGGUAACCACUAAUGGUAGUUUAACUCUAGGAAGAGAUUUAGUAGAUAUGAGUCAAAUUAUUGGGAAGCGUUUUUGGACUACUUUUGAGAUGAUACCAGCAAAACAUGGAAAACGGACACAUACCUUGAUAGAAACAACAGAAACUGAAUCAUUGAAUGAUUUAUUGAAUGAGCUACCAAGCGGUAAUGAUAAUCGUACCAUUAACGAUGAUGGCACAUCACAGAAACUUUCCAAGGAAGAAAUUCUUCAGCUUCAAGAGUCUGGUAAAAGUGGUAAAGAGAUAGUGGGUAGUUUGAUUGAAAACAAUAAAUGUUUCUUAGAUCGAACAGGAUACUCGCAAGAAAAGUAUUUAAAGAAAAAGGAAAAGAAGUAUCUUCGGUAUUUAACUGUAUGUAAACCAAAUAUAAGUUCUUUACACGAUGUAUACUUUCAACUAGAUCAUAGUAAAAUUGCAAAUUUAAGAAUGGAUACCUUAGCACAAUUAUUGUCAUAUAGUGAUGUUCAGUCAGAGGGAUUAUACAUAUUAUAUGAUAGUGGAUCUCAAGGUUUACCAGCAGCUGCAAUGCUGAACAGAAUUGGUACAAAUACUGAAGGAUGCUUAAUCAAUUUGCAUCCUGGAAAUGUACAUCAGGCCAUGCUAAUUAACAGCAUGAAUUUUCCUGAAGAACAAUUAAACAGGCUUGUUAAUGUUAAUAUUUAUAGCUUUUUAAGAUUACAUUAUCAGGGUGAAAGUACCCUCUUAGAUAACAUUUCAAAAAAGAUACAUAAUAGGAAAAAUAAGUCAAAAGAAAAUGAAAGUAAAAAUAGCAAAAAUAUGUUGACUGAUAAUGAAAUUUUAAAAGAUGAAAAGACAGAUAUUGAAAACUGUUUAGAGAAUACUAAUAAAUCAAGUGAAAUUAUUAAAGAAGAGGAUACAGAUAGUAAUUUAACUACAUUGAAACGAAAAUUAGACGAGUCUAACGAAGAUGAAUCUACAGAAAUUAUACCAAUGAAAAAACCAAAAUGGUUUUUUGAAACGCAACGUGCGGUAGAACUUGUACAGAAUUCAAAAGCUCGAGGGUUAGUUAUUGUAGCUAAAGAACAUCCUUUAAAUAUUGCUACUGCUUUACUGUCUUUCUUAGGAGCAUCUAGACCAUUUGUAAUUUAUCAUGUACAUCGAGAACCUUUGCAAGAGACUUAUAUGAUGCUGAAACAGAAGCAGAAUGUUAUUAAUCUAAGACUUAAUUCCAAUUUUUUACGUUCGUAUCAAGUUUUACCAGAUAGAACUCACCCUGAUAUUUUAACUAGCGAUACAGGUGGUUAUCUAUUAACAGGUUAUUUAGUUCAACAAUAAUGAUACAAAAAUCCAUGCUAAUUUAAUUGUUAAUGAUAAAGAGCAGUCAAUUUUUUACAGCUGUUUUAUAUCUAAAUUAAAUUUUCUGAAAGUAAUAAAAAGAAAAACGUUCACUGACAAACUUA